AGGGGGGUGCGGGGAGGGGAGGGAUGUUCUUCUGGAAACUUAAUAGAGGCCUUGGGGCUCUCUAGUCCUUUGAGAUUUCCAAUGAGAUCUUAGAAGCAACGGAAGCAACCAGCGUGAAGGGCAGUAGCCCUGGGUCAGUCGCGAUUUGCAUUCUCUGCUCACAGCUCUACUGGACCAAGGAGAACAAAGUCCUACCCUCACCAUUAAUCAGGAAACUGUUCUGAGAGCUUCCCUACUCAAGAGAACUGGCAGCUGUGGAAAUCUCUGGGCGUUUUAUCGUGGGUUACAGUUCUUAUCCACGUGGACACUCAUGGCUCUGUUACGAAAAAGUAAGACGAUUGCUUUUGAUAACGAUGAUCGAAGGAAGAUACUCAUUAAUCAAGUGUUGCUCUUCCUCCUGAUUGUGACUCUAUGUGGAAUUCUGUACAAGAAAGUUCAUAAGGGGACUAUGGUCAAGGCUGAAGCAGAUGAUGACCCUGAGACUCCCGAGGACCUGGAAGAGGAGAUCCCGGUGGUGAUCUGUGCAGCAGUGGGGAGGAUGGGCGCGGCCAUGGCUGCCAUCAACAGCAUCUACAGCAACACCGACGCCAACAUCGUGUUCUACGUGGUGGGACUCCGCAACACUCUGACUCGAAUUCGAAAAUGGAUCGAACAUUCUAAACUGAGAGAAAUAAACUUUAAAAUCGUGGAAUUCAACCCUAUGGUCCUCAAGGGGAAGAUCAGACCAGACUCAUCGAGGCCUGAAUUGCUCCAGCCUCUGAACUUUGUUCGAUUUUAUCUCCCUCUGCUUAUCCACCAACACGAGAAGGUCAUCUACCUGGACGAUGAUGUGAUUGUACAAGGUGAUAUCCAGGAGCUGUAUGACACCACCUUGGCCCGGGGCCACGCGGCAGCUUUCUCCGAUGACUGCGACCUGCCUGCUGCUCAGGACAUAAACAGACUUGUGGGGCUGCAGAACACAUACAUGGGCUAUCUGGACUACCGGAAGAAGACCAUCAAAGACCUCGGCAUCAGCCCCAGCACCUGCUCUUUCAAUCCAGGUGUGAUUGUUGCCAACAUGACAGAAUGGAAGCACCAGCGAAUCACCAAGCAGCUGGAGAAGUGGAUGCAAAAAAAUGUGGAGGAAAACCUCUACAGCAGCUCCCUGGGAGGAGGGGUGGCUACCUCACCAAUGCUGAUUGUGUUUCAUGGGAAAUACUCCACAAUCAACCCUUUGUGGCACAUAAGACACCUGGGCUGGAAUCCAGAUGCCAGAUAUUCAGAGCAUUUUCUGCAGGAAGCUAAAUUACUCCACUGGAAUGGAAGACAUAAACCCUGGGACUUCCCCAGUGUUCACAAUGACUUAUGGGAAAGCUGGUUUGUUCCUGACCCUGCAGGGAUAUUUAAACUCAAUCACAAUAGCUGAUGUAACCUAAUAGUCAAAAUAUUCCCCGUGUAACAAUGUGGACAUUCCUUUGUAGCCUACUCUAACUGUUCUUUAAGAAUAGUGUUUUGAUAUACAUGAUCCACAGCAUAAAAAACAAAAACUACUGUGUGCAAAUUGUACCUUGGACCAGAGGCACUGACUGUCUUCUCUAAGUGGGAAAUUAUGGAAGGCUGAAAAGACACCCAUGUAAAUGUCAGCAAUAUGUUUAACACUAAAUAACAAUUAUAUUGACAAAUUAAAAUAAUUUCUAAAUAUAUUUUUCACAUGCAGGUAUUUUUUUAAUAGCAUGCCAAUCUUGUCUUUUAAAAUAAAAUAUUCACAGAUUUCGUGA